AUGUCACGGCUGCAACUUCCUCCUCCACAACUACAACUACCUCCCCCUCCAUCACAACAACAACAACCUCCUCCAUCCCAACAGCAACAUACUCCUACACCACCACCUUCUUUUCCUGCCACAUCUCCUUACGUUGUCCACCUGAGGCCGCCAGUGGUGAAUUGGGUGCAAUGUGUUACCUUCCUCAAACCAAGAACAGUAGGGAACAGCUCCAGUUACCUGCAGCAAGCCCUAGAGGAAGUUCACAGUGAGGAGUGGGGAAGGCGCACAGUUGAGUACCUGUCGGACUGUAAGCUUCACAGCAGGAGGAAUGCGUUGACCCAGUAUGAGCCAGCAGCCUAUGGGCAGCCACCAACCUAUCGCACCCUACCCCUUGCACAGUGGUUUGAGAGGGUCCAUGUCAAUGAAAUCCUGGGUCAUCUGGAUGAGAUGAAGGGUGUCAUAACAUCGACAUACGGCAGGAUCCUAAAGCUCGACUCCACAAAAAAGAUCACAAAGAAGCUUGCUGGUGACAUUGCAGACUCGGCUACCUGGAUGACAAAUGUCACCAACGAAUGUGGGCAGCUGCUCAACUGUGUGCUCACCACUGGUGAGGGAGCUGGACUGGAUGAGUUGUGCCAGAGGAUCGUGAAGCGCUACAAGAAGGCUGGCGAGCCAGAAGCAGAAGUAAUUUAUGUUGACAGAGAUUGCUGCAGUGGGACAGGUACCUCCCCGGUUCUUUCAUGGCUGCGACCCUGGAAAACCAUCGUGAGACUAGACAUUUUCCACUUUAUGAGGAGAUUUACACGUGGACUCACGACGGAACACCACCCUAUCUAUGGUACUUUCUGCUCAAAGUUGUCCCACUGCAUUUUUGAGUGGGACCAGGAAGAUAUUCGUAGCCUCAAAGAGGCAAAGAAGUCCGAGCUGCAGAAACAGCAUGCAGGUCAUGCUCCUACAGAGGCUCAAGUUCUGGCCAACAUCAGCUCCAGUGAACUGGGCAGACAUUGCAAGCGGAGAACUCGGGGGGUUGAGGAAACACGGAGGCUGAUCGAUGGUUUGCUAGAGUCCAUGUGGGAACUGACCGACACCACAGGCUUAAGACUCAUCAACCCUGAGAGCAUGACGAAUGUAUGGGAGACUCAACAGAAGCACUUGACAUGCAUCCAAGAUCCUCCUGGAGUUGCAUUGUAUACCAAAGUCCGCUCUGGUUCAAAAAAGGGAGACAAGGUCCUGGAUGUCUUCAGAUGUGGCAGGGGGUCCUCUUCUGUGGAAAGUUUUCAUCGCCACCAGUGCACAUUUAUCCCGGGUAAAGAGAAGUUGUAUAUCUUUGGCAUGACUCAUACUCCUUACAUGUCUUCUUUUAAAAUGUAG